GCUUCUCGAACCUUUUGACUUGAGCCUCAUUUCGUUUGUCUCAUUUUCUGUUCACCAAGUUUAUUGCAGCUGUCCCGCUUUAUUCUCAAGCUCCUGUGGACAAAACGCUGUUGUGCUCAUUUUUUUGAGUUAACGACUGGUCAUUGCGCAUGAGCAAACCAAGAGUUGCCGUCAUCGGCGCUGGUGCCUCCGGAUUGGCUGCCUUAAAGCAAUGUCUUGAGGAAAAGCUCGACGUUGUGUGCUUUGAUCAGGAGCCGCAGGUUGGGGGAUUGUGGAGAUAUGUGCCGCACGGUGGCGAUGAAACGCAUUCCAGUGUUUACAUGAGUACCAUUAUCAAUACAAGCAAGGAAAUGAUGUCGUUUUCGGACUUUCCUGCUCCAAAAGAUUGGCCAACAUUCUUACCGCACCGAUUUGUGGUCAAAUACCUCAACCUAUACUGUGAUCACUUUGACUUGCGAAAGCACAUCAAAUUUAACCGCAAAGUUAUUUCUCUGUCACCUGAGAUUGGUCCGGAAGGAAGUCACACUGGUCGAUGGGAAGUUGUAACGCAGAAAGUUAGAAGAAAACAACCUGCAGCAGCGAUUCCGCAAAAUCCCCGACGAACAGCACGAAGUCCCGCCCCGUGUCCCCCGCCAACAGGGACCGUCGUUCCCCCAGCAGUCGAUGGUCGGCGGGCGCUCUCUCCUGUGCGUGGACGAAGCCCAGCACCGUCGUCAGACAGCCUUGCGGCUCCGCAGCCAUCCCCACGCGGUCGUAGCCGAAUGUAUUCUCCCAUCCGCGAGUAUGACCCGUCCGUUGGAUACGAGCCGGUGGACAGGUCAGCAUCGGUAUCGCCAAGGGAACCGGGUGUCCUUUCGCCGCCUUCAUCUCCAUCAGGAAGCGAUCACAGUAGUCUAAGACCUUUCUCACCGACUCGCCGAAAGCGUCGAGGAAAGACCCGAUCGCGGUCGCAUCAACCAGCCAAGUCAAAGUGCGAGACUUUCGACUACGUCAUUGUGGCAACUGGACAUCAUUGGAAGCCUCGCUUACCUGACUUUGAGGGGGUGGACACAUUUAAAGGCAGCAUGAUGCAUUCACAUUCAUAUAAAGUUCCUUACCCUUUCAAGGAUCAGCGUGUUCUCAUCAUAGGCAUUGGCAACUCGGGAGCUGACAUCGCUACAGAGCUCUCACAUCAUGCGAAGCAGGUUAUUCUUUCGGCAAGGAGUGGUACAUGGAUUCUCCCCCGUUUCUCCCUAUUUGGUAUCCCUUUGGACCAUCUCUCAUCCCGCAUUGCGCAUGCACUUCCACGACCCCUUACCAAUUUUGCCUUUGAAACUGCCAUGCGACUACAAAAUGGUGACCUGGGGCGCUAUGGUCUCAAACCUGACCAUCACAUUUUUGAAGCACAUCCAACUAUCAAUGGCCACGUCCUCGAUCGUAUCGCCAGCGGAAAGGUCUUGGUGCGGCCCAACAUUGCUAAAUUUACCGAGGGAAAUAAGGUUGAGUUUGAAGAUGGAACCAGCGAGACAAUUGAUACGGUAGUUUACUGCACUGGGUACCGCAUUGAGCACCCUUUCCUUGACAAUGCACUCGCCAUUCUGGGUCAAGAACGUACCGAUAGCAAUCGAGUUCGAUUGUACAAGAACGUCUUUCCAAUCCGACACCGCAAUCUUGCUUUUGUGGGGCUAGUCCAACCUAUUGGAGCAGUGAUGCCCGUCUCAGAGAUGCAGGCCCGUUGGGUGUCGCGUGUUUUUGCCGGACAUUGUAAGCUCCCCGAUUCCAAAUCCCUACGAGACGCGGUCGACCUUGAAUGGCAGGAACACACUAAAAGAUUCGUUCCGAAAGAGCGUCAUACAGUCGAAGUUGAAUAUGUUACGUACAUGGAUGAUCUCGCGGACUUGAUAGGAUGUAAACCGGAUGCAUGGAAACUUUUCAAAGCCCGAGAUGUGAUUCUUGCUGCCCAAAUCAUGUUUGGACCUGCUGUUCCGACGCAAUAUCGGUUGCUAGGGCCUGGGUCUUGGGAAGGGGCGCGACAGGCGAUUGCCGAUGCGUGUGAGGGAUUUGAUUUUAGAAAAGUUGUUGGAUACAAGGCGGUUGAGAAACUGAGAGAGGAGGGGGGCAAAGAAAAUGAAAAAAGCGGGGGGUCGACCAAGGAAAAUGGAAAUGGAAAAGGCGCAGAUAGUCCGGUGGUGUGAUUUAUUGUAUAAUAAUGGAACGUUGGUGGAUAUCGGGAUACUCAGGAUUUGUACAAGUUUGCAUAUUCUAUUACUUCUUUAUUUUUGGACUUAUAAAAAUAUAUUGCAAUACUGCCGA